AUGUCUUAUGACGGCUACACCACCAUCUUCCUCCCCCUGAACUACGAGUUCGUCAGGGCACGAGAGGCCUGUGGGAAAAUGGCUGCCGCCUCCUGGCUCAGCGUGGGCCUGUCCUUCCGUGGGUCCAACAUCGUCCCCCAGUUCUUCUGGGACGUCCCCCGUCUGCUGAAGAUCACCUUCUCCGAGAAGAACAUCGCCAUCGAUGCGACUGUGACUUCAGGAACAGCCUUUGGUGUUGUCUGCUUCAUUUCCAUCGUUAUCUCGUACACACGCCUCUUCCAGGUCAUACUGAGUAUGCCGACUGCCGUGGGCUGGGCCAAAGCCUUCCUCUGUCUGCCUCAUCUCGGUGUCGUCACUGUUUUCCUCCGUGCUAGUAUAUUAUUCUACAUCAAGCCACCCGCAGACUCCUCCUUGAUCAUGGACCUGCUGGUGUCCGUGUCCCCCUCCCUGAACCAUCUCAUCUACUGCCUGAGGAACAAGGACAUGCAGGCUGCCAUAGCUUCGACCUUCUCACUGUCCUUCUGUGUGUCCAAGAUUGUCCAGCCGUUUUUCUGUUACAUCCUCUCCCUACUGAAGAUCACCUGCUCCGAGGACCACAUCGCCGUCGAAGCGAACGUCACUGCCGAGUUAGGGUUAGGCAUCGUCUGCUUCAUUCUCAUCAUCACCUCGUACGUGCGCAUUUUUCGGGUGGUGCUGAGGAUGCCGGCCGCCGAGGUACGGCCCAAAACCUUCUCCAACUACAUUCCCCACCUCGUCGUCGUCACUCUCUUUGUCAUGAAUUCUUUAUGUGCUUACUUGAAGCCACCCUUAGAUUCCCACUGA